UUAUCAUAUCAGCUGGUAUGUCGCAUAAACGUAGGUUCUAGAGGCAGUUUUUGAUAUUUUAUAUACCACAUUUUACGAAAUUUCUCUAGUCAUUUACUCUUAUUCGAGAAAACUGUGAUCUUCACUUCUCGCAGAAAACGUAUACCAAAAAUCAAAUACUCAGUAUUAAUUCAUAGUUCCUUUGUAGAUUUAUCAAUAAUUCGCCUAAAGACUGCACACUAUCCUAUUAUUUAAAAACCGGCUUUGCACUAUACUAUCUGACCACAAUAAUUAUACGAUGGAAAAUCAGAAACUAUUGGAUUUAGAAACCAAUUUAACAGAAAACGACCAGAAAACUAUUUUUUCGGACACUGAUGAUGGAGCGUUGUCUGAAGGCUUAAAACACAAUUAUGAAAAUGCCAAUGUUGAUGACCUUAUCAAUGUGCCAGAGAGUGUGGUUAAUGCUGAAAAAAUAGCAUCGCUUGAAAACACCUUUGAGGUAAUUGAUCAGGAAUCCAAAACAAUUCAUGAUGUUCAGGAAGAAGCUGAAGAUAACAACAUAUCUGAUGAAGAAAAAGAUAACUUAUUUGAAAACGAUCCAGUGUCUAAUACAAAAAUCGAGGAUAUUACAAAUCUCCCAAAAAUAGAAACUCCAAAAGCAGAAGAACCAGUAAUUUCUGAAAAACUAGAAUCUAUGACUACAGAUAAUGCCAAAACAGUGAUUAUUCAAGAAAAUGAACCUGUGAACACUGUACAAUCCAAAGUAAAAAUUUCAGAGACUCCAGAAGUUAUUCCAAAAGAGUCCACUAAAAAAGAUGCUGAUGAAGGAGAUGUAUGUGACAUAAAGAUUGGACCUGAUGAACUAUUUUGUAGAAUUGGACUAGAAAACGAAGAUAAUAUCGACGUAUCAGUUCCUGUAAACAACUUUCUGAGUAUAAUGAUUUGGCCUAAUAAAUGGUUUAAUCCCGAGAAAUUACCACCAAAAGUUGAAGCUUUGGUAUAUUGGAGAGAUCCCAUAUCAUCAGGCAUUGUAUUUGGCGCUACGUUAGUUGUACUGCUGUCAUUUGCGUAUAUGUCACUGAUUAGCGUAGUCGCUUAUUUGGCCAUGUUCAUUCAAUCUGGAUGCAUUCUUUUACGUCUGUACAAAACCGCCCUACAGACAGUCAAUAAAACUAAUGAAAGUCAUCCAUUCCAAGAAUAUCUUGACUUGGACAUCAGGCUACCACAGGAAAAAGCCGAAGAAGUGAGCAAAUUAGCUGUUGUACAUGUUAAUGCCGUCUUGGUUGAACUUCGCCGCUUGUUACUUGCUGAAGACUUGGUCGACUCGGCCAAAUUUUUUGGUAUUCUCUGGGUGUUGACAUAUGUUGGCGCUUUGUUCAACGGCCUUACACUCAUAAUUAUUGGAUUUGUUGCUUUGUUCACAUUACCCAAAGUCUAUGAGAACAAUAAGACUCAAAUCGAUCAAAAUAUUGAAGUAGUUAGAAGCAAGAUUGCUGAAUUGACUAACAAAGUUCGAGCUGCUAUUCCAAUUGGAAAAAAGAAUCCAGAGACAAAAAAGAAGGAAUAAACUCCCUUAUUUUUUUCGUAUUAAAGUCCAUCAAUAUUCUUGUGGUCGAUGAUUACAAUUUUAGGCCAACAUUUUUUUUUUUUUUUUUAAUAUAUAUUUAUAUAUAUUUAGACCAUGUCGUCCCAGUAAAAUUAAACAUUUAUACUAUUAUUAAAAUACUCAUUGCUCCCGUUUUUAAAUUAUUUAAAUUGUAUCACGGGAAAAUAUGUGUAGAUUGUCUUUCGACAUUACUAUUUCACCAUAUAAUGUAAUCGUGUAAAGGUUUGUGAGUUAUUUCAUUUUUUAUUUUCAGCCUGGUUCAGCUUUCGCUCAUUUUAUUAUUCUGCCCUCCUCAAAUUUUACCUUCAUUUUUAUUCCUCUAGCUAUAUUAUAAUAUAGCGAAGCAAGCUAGCUUAACUUUUAAACAACGCUAUUUGUUUGUUUAUACUUAUAAUAUAUUUACUCUGUUGAGAAUGUGUUAAAGUUUUUUUUUCUUUCUUUUUUUUUUAUAGAUUUUGUUUUAGUUUCCUAUUUCUAUAUAUAAAUUAAAUAGGUAAGUUUAACAAUUAUUUUAUAACUCAAACGGUUAAUAUUGAAUGUAGCUAUACAUAAUAUAUAUAUAUAUCAUUAAAUAUGUAAACAUUUUUACAUUUUAUUGUUACAAGCUAUAAGCAUACACUGUCAUUUUUUUCUUUAAGACAAAAUAGUUAUAACAGCUGUUCACUUUUAUAACAUUAAUUAUAUAAACAGGCAAUACCAUUGAAUCAUCAAUCAAUGCAAUAUACUAAUGGUUAUUAUUAUUAUACUUUUUUUUUCAAUGAAA